UCGCAUAUAAUACCCGCCUCGUAUUUAACUGCGUUGACAAUAUAAAGUCGCACGCGCAACCGGCCGACCGUUGCCGCGAAAUAAAGUGAAAAUUAAAUAAUACGCACUACAAUUAAAUGAUUGACGUCAUAAAACAUUUUUUUAUAAUCACACGUUUAUAACAAAUGAACUUUAAAGUGGGCUACUUUCUUCAAAAUGACGUUACGGGUCGAAGUGCCCGGGGAUAAAAUCGUGACAGUGGAAUCAUGCAAAUGCAACAAAAACUAUUGCACGGAUGUCGCAAAAAAUGAAUCGAAAUUCACUAGAAGAUUAAAAGAAAUAAUAAAAGACACUUGGGAUACCAGAACGAAAAUAACAGUAGAGCCUUAUGUAAUUUGUUAUGUUUUACCUAGCGUUCUAGCGGGGUUGGCCGUGCAAAAUUUGUGUUUAGAAAAAUCAUGCCUCGUGAAUUUAAAAUACGACGAACGUACCUGCACGAGUAUAAUGCAGGGACGGACUCACAAUUACACGGAGCAAGAAAGAAGUGUUCAGACAAUGGUGGCGGGGAUGACCGCUUGGAGCUUCCCCUUACAAACUGCACUUCCUGGAUUAAUGACACUCUUCGUGGGUGCAUGGAGCGAUCGGACGGGAAACCGCAAAGCUUUCAUGGUAUUGCCUAUAGUAGGGAAACUAGUAUCUGUGUUCGGACUAAUGUUGAGUUUGGCGUUCUUCCUCCAAGUGGGUUUGAACGAGACCGCGCUGAUCGAGGGUCUACCUCCCGCGCUGGCUGGCGGCCGCGUCGCCAUGACAAUGGCAGUGUACAGCUACAUUACAGACGUCACCUCUGAUUCUGAACGGACUUAUCGUUUAGGCAUAAUAACGGCCAUUUUGACUCUCACGAGACCUGUAGGUCUAGCUUUAAGUGGUAUUAUGACGAAACGUUUUGGCUACUAUGGUGUUUUUACAAUUGCGUGCGUUUUUUAUUUAAGUGGUUUCGUGUAUAUCGUACUGAGGUUGAAGGAGAAGCCGAAAAAGUCAAUCGAUAAUGACAAUUCAGAUACGAUAUUCUCUUUGUUUUCAAUAAAAGAUUUGAGUGCGACCAUCAAUGUAGCUUUUAGAAAACGCGAAGGCUCACGUAGGCUGCAAAUUAUUCUCAUCAUGUUGGCUUACAUGUUCAUCGUGGGACCAGUGCUGGGUGAGGCGCAGAUGACGUACUGGUUCACUCGGUACAAGUUCAAAUUCACCGAAGUCGACUACAGCUUGUUCCUCACAUACUCCGUACUUGUCGGCAGCAUUGGUUCUUUCAUCACGCUGUAUCUCUUCAGCAAGAAAUGGGAGAUAGAGGACAGCGCUAUUGGCGUAUUCGCGUGUCUGAGCAGGGUAGCUGCGAGCGUGGUAUACGCGCUGGCACCAACACGCACCGUGUACUUCCUGGGACCAGUGUUGGAUAUGUUCAGCUCGGCGGGAGCGACAUCGCUUCGAUCUAUAGCAACUAAACUGGUGGAAACAGAUGAAGUUGGUAAAACCAGCUCACUAAUAAGCAUAUCGGAAGCUCUGGUGCCCGUCAUCUACACGCCCGUGUACAGCAAGGUUUAUCUAAGCACGCUGUCGACGUUCGCCGGUGCCUUUUAUCUUAUAAGUGCAGCAUUAGCAGUGCCAGCUAUAGGAAUAUUCUUGGCAUUGUUCAGUUUACGAAGAAAAGAAAUCAAAGAAAGCUCCACGGCCACAACAAACAAGACAAAGGAAAACGAAGUUACACGAUUUUAAUAUAAUUAUUGUUUUAUUUAAAUAUUGUAUAUUGUGGAAAGUAUCUAAUUUUUGUAAUAAGUUGACUAUGGAUAGGAGAAUAGUUCAACUUAACUGCAAAUGGUAAACGUACAAAUAAAUAAUUGAGAUUGCGUAGACGAGUACGACGAAAUCAUGUUCAGGGGAUAGUUUCCCCCUAAUUUUAUAAUUUAUUUAAAUUUAUUAUGUGAUAAAUAUUAAGAGAAAUUAGUAACUGUUAACAUAAAUUAUUUCCUUCAUCACCUUAUUUGGUGCUAAAGUAAAUCCUAUUUGUUAUAUUUUAAAAUUGUACCUUAGCGCUGAGUGCGAAGGAGUCAAGAUAAGGGCAAUGACUCAUUGUAACAAUAAAUUAUAAGAACAGGAAUGCAAAUUAGUGGUUUCUUCCUACAUUCGCACGAAGAACAUUUACAUAAAAAUGUAUUAUGGAUGUUAUUUCUGCUCAUUUUUAAACAUAUUUCCAAUUUUUUAUUAAGUAGAUUAACGUUUUUUGUGUCACGUCCAAACACUGAAACGUAAUUUAAACUUACCGCGAAUUCCUUUCAGAUUUUGUCGACUAUCAAAUUGUAACAGCGCUUCCGAAGCAAUUUGUACUCGUUUCAGUAUUUGGCCGUAAAUGUUCCAGAUAGUAUGAACGUAAGGUUAGUGCUGUUAAAGAGGUUUAGAAUAUUUGCGUGUAUGUUGUACUAGAAAAUAUGUUCUAUUGUAUAGGUAAUAAGUGUUAUUAUUCUUAUGUGUGUGUGAAUAAAGAUCCACCGGGUCAUCAAGAAAUUUACGAUUAUUGCAAAUUUUCAAAGAGUUUAAGGUGGUUGUGAUUUUAGAUAACAGUAAAGAGAUAGAUGAAAUUGUUUUAAUUGAUUUUCGAACUA